CCUUUACUAGAAAGUGUGGAGAUUUCUUGGUGUGGCAAGAUAAAAUACAUAUUUGGGCAAUAUCUAGGAGAGGAAGGUUUAUAUCAAAUGCAAAAAGAAAUCAUAUUAUGUUCAUUGAAAGUAAUGUCUAUUAAGAGUGUUCCAGAAUUUGUGGACAUAUAUCCAGAAUGUUACCUCCCAAAAAAAUCAACAGCAAAUGCAAGUGAGGUGUCAAAGGUAAAAGACAAGAGUUCGAGUCACAAUGUCUCUUGGGGUCCUUUAUGCUGUUUUUUGCCACAAUCAAGCACUUUAAAUAAAGAUGAUCUAUCUAUGUCCGAGACAACUCAGUCAGAUCCCACUACUUCCCAGGCAUUAAAGGAGGAGAAACAUGUUGGGAAUACAGCUCACGGAAUUUUUACUCCACCAUUAUACCCAUUCAAUUUAAGAGAGAUGAUGAUUGUUGGAGGUAUCACCAAGUUAACGUCACUGUUUUCUGUAUGCAUUGCCUCAUCGUUGAAAUCAUUGGAAAAAUCAAAAGUUAUGGAGUGUGAUGCACUGGAGCAUAUAGUAACUGACGAGAGGCAUUGUGGUCAUGAUGAUGAUAUGAACGCCAACUCCAUCUUUCCCAACUUACAUUCUGUUAAAAUCUAUAAAUGUAACAAGUUGGAAUCUAUAUUUCCAGCUUCUUGUUCCACAAACCUUGUGCACUUGCAAUCUAUGCUUAUUGAUGCGGCUUGUGAGUUGAAAUAUGUGUUUGGAAAAUCUUAUGGUGAUGAUAAUUCACUUGACAAUCAUAAUGCUAAGAUUCAUCUCCCAGCUCUCACCAAACUAUGCCUUGAAGCAGUACCAAAAAUGGUCAGCAUGUGCCCUGAAAACUAUUAUGUGACAGCACCCUCCCUAAAUGAUAUCUCUUUUGGAUCAGGAUGCCCACAACUUGCUAUAACAUCUCUUAUAGAUUUAACUAUCAGUGGCCAUAAAGGACAAGAACAACUCUCAAGAAAAGAGGUAAUUGGGAUGCACCUAUGCAAUUUGAAACAUCUUGGUUUAGAAUCCUUGGACAUGGAAACAAUUUAUGAUCUUGAAAGACUUGGAAUUGCGAGUCCUGUGAAUUCAACUUUGAAAACCUUAAGUUUGAAUGACUUGGAUAACUUAAGGAACAUAUGUGUGGGACCAAAGAACUAUCUGAGCUUUCAAAAUCUUUUCAAGUUAACAAUCAGUGAUUGCAACCAAUUGAAAUUUAUCUUGCCUUCAUCUAUCUCGAGAAGCCUACCAUGUUUGAGACACCUAGAGGUAUCAGAUUGUGAAGAGUUAGAGCACAUUAUUGAGGAUGCUGAUGAUGAUGACCCGCAUCAUCAAGAAUGUUGUUUCCCAAAUCUACAUAGGAUUAUUGUGACAGAUUGCAAGAGGUUGAAAUGGCUAUUUUCUAUCUCCGCAAGUGGUAGGCUUCCACAACUCUCGAUGUUGGUGAUAUAUGAUGCCCCGGAGCUUGAGCAAGUAUCUGUAUGGAAGCGGGGCUCAUCAGAAAAUUUGGUCAUCGAGGACUAUUUCCCGAAACUCUUAGUGAUAGUCCUUAAUAAUCUUCCAAACCUUCAUAAUAUCUGCCCUGGAAUUGAUUUUCGGACAGUGAAAUACCGUGAUUUGAAGAAUUGUCCCAAGAUCUCUUUAACGUCAAUUAAUUUUGAUUUCACUGAGGGAUAUGCAGAAUGGUUUCAAAAUUCUGUGAGUAAAAAGGGCAACAUGGAUGAAGAUUAUUUUUUCGAACAAUUUCUUGAGAGGUUAAGAGAAGUGCCAGAGAAGGCUAUCAAGAGAAAUUGGCCAAGAGCGGACCAAAAUAAUGGUUCACCAAAUAUUAAGGAAAUAACAGGGGCAAGUACUGAAGAAAGUCCAGAAUUAAAAGAAGCUAUAAAAGCUAAUGAAAUCAAUGAUUCAGAAGAAUGCAACAAACUAGCAGCGUUUGGUGGUCCUUCACAAAUUGAAUCUCCACAGGAAACAACAAAGCCAAGUGUUCAAGAAGGUUCGAAAUUAGAUGAAGCUCACAUGCCAAAUCAAAUCAUGGAUCUAGAAUUAAGCAAGCCAUCGCCCACAUUUGUUUUUCCUUCAGAAAAUGAAUCUCUACAUGAUGAUUUGCUUCAUCAGGUGGGUAAGGGCAAGAGAAUCAUGCUGGAUCAACAAGAACUACCAAAAAGAGAACAUGAUAUGCCCCUUGAUGAUUCACAAAAGAAUACUGAAACAAGUGUUGGAGAAGGUAUUCAAUCAAAGAAAUAUGACAAAGCAAGUUCAUCAACAUCAACUCCUUCUAAUCUAGAAGUCUCAAAUGUAUACUCAUUAACUUCUGCCAAGGCAUCAAUGGAUGAUGGAGAAGAACUUGCAGAAAAUACAAUGGCCAAUGAAGAUCCUAAUCAAAGAAUAUCACCAAUCUCCACUCUGAAGAAGCCUCGAAUAGCAACUUCAGCUAUUCACACAGAGUUAGCGGCUAGCUCACAACCAAACAUGGAUAUUUCAAAGGGUCAAAUCAAGGUCAAUCAAUAGAGACUUGCAUUGAUGUUGAAAUUAAAGAUGAUAACUAUAUGGACUCCAAACAAAUUGAGGAGGAUGAUCUCAUUAGGUUAUUUCAUAUGAUGAGGGAAGGUGCUGAUGACGUGGGAGUUGACAUGCCUUGUGUCCCAAAAAUUGCAGCUUUCAAAGACGACAAGGUGGCUCAGGCCUUUGCUGACUUAGAAUCCUUACUGAAGAUGGAUCUCAAUCAGAUAGCUAACUCUGAAGAACACACUCAUCGCCUUGAGAACGCUCUCAGCUUCUUGUCCACUCAUUGUUCUGAGAUUAAUGAACCUUCUUCUCAUGGCCUUAGAGGCAAACUAGAAUCUCUCCGCCAUGAAACCCAAAACAUUCUAUCUUCCUUCAAGCAAGCCUCUUCUACACUUGACAGAUUCAUCAAGCUUGAACAAAGAAAGAAGCUGAUCCAUGAACAACAUUCUCAAAGGAUGAAGGUAGCCAUUGACCUUGUCUCUGAAAUUUCCAAGACCGAGAACCGUAUGGCUGACUUGAAGGAGAAGAUCUCUAGCUUGCACGCUGAACUGAACAGCAAGGAAAAGGAGUUCGAAGACUCUGAGAAUAAACUGUCAUCUCUUAAGGAACAAAAGAAGAAAAGUGUUCGGGACACCAUAGGAUUCAUGGAGGAGUAUGAGGCUGUGAAGAAAGAAGGUUCCCACAUGGUGGAUGGCCAAACAAGAGCAAGGCAAGAACUAGAGAAGGUGGAGAAUCAAUGGCCUUCCCCUGUGGCCAAUUUGAAGAAAACUACAUUUUUGUUGGGAAGUCUUCUUAGUCGAAAGCUUUAACUUUCGGAAACCAUUAUUUAAAUUUCUGUAACUCAAAAUAAAACCUGUACAAGACUCAAUGUUGUGUGCACAUUAUUCCUGGGGUUUUCGUCUACCAUAUUGAAGGAGUGUUUCCCCUUAAAAGUGUUUCCAUAUAUGCGAUUACUAAUAUUUUAAGUUUUA